UCUCACAGCUAGUCAGCUGUUUUUUUAAAUGAAAAGGAUAUUUCCUUUGGGCCUUCUCCUUUGAUGAUGGGUUGAAAUCAGAUAAAACAUAAUUGCUCGAGAUGUACUUGAGGAUAGGCGUGAAUAGCUUAGUACCUGUGGUGAUUGUCAUCCUGGUGGCUGUUUAUUUGUACCGGCUUCCGGGAAAAAAUAGUCCACAAAAAGUGUCUAGGAGGCCACCAAACCCAGAGGAUCCACUGCCGCCCUCUAAUUCGCCGCUGCACCAAUUCUCCCGAGCGGCCAUUUGCUCCGACAGCGAUGUGUGCAGCCAGUUGGCCAGGGAAGUCCUGGAAAAGGGGGGCAGUGCCGUGGACGGAGCCCUGGCUGCCCUGAUCUGCAACGGGCUCAUCGGUAUGCAGAGCAUGGGCAUUGGCGGCGGCAUGGUGAUGAACGUCUACCUGCACAAGGAGCGCCAGUCCUACAGCAUUCUGGCCCGAGAAAUAGCUCCACUCGCACUGCGGGCGGAGAACUUGUCGUCCUUUCGGGAUGAGCAGGAGUUCAAGCGGUCCGGCUGGUCCAUCGCCGUGCCCGCCGAACUGGCCGGAUACGCCGUGGCUCACCAGAGAUUCGGGCGGCUGCCCUGGCAGGAACUGGUGCUGCCCACGCUAAAGCUGUGUCGCCGUGGCUACCCGCUGUACAAGCAUCAGUACGAUGCCCUUGUCCUGAACCAGGACAUGAUCAGGGGCGAUCCCGGGCUGCGGCGGAUGUUCAUUGACCCCCAUUCCGGGCAGUUCUGGCCUCUGGGCCACCUCAUCCGGCCAUCGGCGCAAUUGUGCACCACCUAUGAUCGGUUGGCCAGGGAAGGACCCCUCAGUUUCUACACGGGAUCGAUUGCUGAUGACCUGCUGGCCGAUUUAAGGGACGCUGGCAGUGCCAUCGACAGGGAAGACCUCAACCGAGCCCAUGCCAAGUUGAGCAAGGCGGUUGUGAUGCCGCUCGACGAGUAUGAUCUUCACCUGACCCCUCCACCAGGAAGUGGCCUCGUCCUGGGCUUCAUAAUGAACAUUCUGCGGAAGUUCCGAGCAGACUUCUCACGAGCGCGAACCAUGGGUGUCCGGGAGAUUCAUCUGAUGGUUGAGGCCAUGAAGUUUGGCUUUGUCAAGCGCUGGCAGCUGGACGAAGCCGCCAACGAAGAGCUUCUGGCGAGUCUCACCAGCCACGAAUUCGCGAACUCCAUAGCCAAGCUAAUUAAUGACUCCCAGACCUUCAACAGAUCUGAGCGGUACGGAGCUGCGUCGGGGAUACAAAUACGCGAUGAGCACGGCACUGCCCACACCUCAGUACUGCUUGGGAACGAUGCCGUUUCAGUCACCAGCUCCAUCAAUUUCUAUUUCGGUAGUGGACGCACAGGGAGGCGCACUGGUGUGAUCUUUAAUAACGCCAUGUCGGACUUCUCCAUUGAGCAGCUUAAAAACUACUUUGACUUGCCAUUCGUCCCUGGCACAAAUGGUGUAUCUCCAUCCGCCCGUCCCAUGUCCUCGAUGAGUCCGGUCAUAGUCACAAGCCGCUCCUCUGGCGAAGUUCGAUUGGUUGUGGGUGCUGCUGGCGGCACCAAAAUAAUCUCCUCCCUCUUCCCGCUCCUCGUCCGAAUCCUUUGGCAGAACGCGCACAUUAAGGCCGCCAUCGAUGCCAGCCGCAUCCAUCACCAAAUGCUGCCCAACGUGCUCCUCUACGAGUAUGGACUGCUCCAAAGCCACGUGGAGAGCUUGCAGGACAGGGGACACCGGUGUGAGCGAUAUGAAAACCGCGGCUCCGUCAUCUGCGGCAUCGCUCAACAGAAUGGCACAAUCUGGGUGAACUCCGAUUUUCGGAAGCCAGGGGGAGUUAGUGGAUUUUAAAAAGGCUGAAUAAAUGACAUUUUUGGGUAUGCACCAAUAAACAACCUCAUAAAUUAUACCUUUAACAGUCUGGUCGAAUGUUUGUUCUUGAACUUUGAUUAAGCUUAUUAAUGCGAUUACAAAAAAAUAUUUGAGUUAUAAAACCUCACAAAUUUUUUACCAUUCACAGUUUGGCCAGUUCUGACUAAUAAAAUAGUUUCGUAAUGCAUUUGUUAUUUCAUUAGAAAUAAAAAAGUAAAGCUUUAAAAGCAUUUUUAGCAUUGAGAAAAUUAGUGCUAAUGAAGUGGCAUUACUUUUUGGCAAUGCAAUAGAAUAGUAUUUUAUUAGCAUUACUUUUUUUAAAUCUAAUGAAAUAUUUUUUUAUAGAAGUUGAUUUUUUAAUUUAAUUUUUAUUUGCAUUACUUUUAUUAUUUAUAUUUAAAAAACAAUGUAAAUGAUUAUGCGCAACUCUGGUAGAUACACAAAACGUUUCAAAUUAGAUCUAAAAUAGUUCCAUAUAUAGUGUUAUAUAAAGUAUUACGUAUUUUCUAAAAGAACAGCUGACUGUUUUGGUUUUUAAAAAAGAAAAUACAUGUCAAUAAGAAUAGCAUUCGAUUUUCUGCAGGGUUUCCACGGAAAACCCGUCCAAUUAAACGGCCACAGCUCAAAGAUA